CCGCCGCUGAUCCGACCGAACCAAACCAGUCUUCAGUAUACGCGCACACACUCGGCCGUUCCGUCUUGCGAUACGUGUGUGCGGUAGUAGAGUUAUUUCGCGUGCGUGUGUACAUCGUAGUCGUCGAUCCGCCGUAGUUUUCUACCCUGCACGUACAAGGGCGCGAUAUAUUAUCAUUAUAACGAUCCGACGAGUCGUGAUUUUUAAUUUUUUUUUGUCGUUUUUAACCGUUCGCUAGUGUUCGCAUGUGCGCAUUUUAUUCGCGUGUGCGCACACGCCAAACUCUGGUAUCUUUCCGCGUUUAAGAUUUUUACUGAAUAAUAAUAAUAAUAUAGUACUACAGUGGCUUUGAUUCCGGACCGAAGUGACCGUCGUCGUCGACGUCGCCGCCGCACAUGGAUUACGGUAGUGCUGUGAGUGUAGUUUUUAGUAAAGUGUUCAGUGGUACCUAUGUGAAAGAGCGUACCUAUUYAGGUGCGCGCGCGCGAAUGUAAUGACCGGGUGAUACGGUGUGAAAGGGGUCAYCCCUCGCAUAAUGUCAUGGAUCGCCGUGAUAUGCGUAGUGUUGGCGUUGGUGGUAGGACCGUCGUCGAUGGUUUGCGCCAGCGGCGAUGUGGACAACAACGCUCGGGUUCAGCUGGAAGUGUUAGAGGGCCAGCCGAAAGGCACAGCCGUAGGGCGGAUACCGGUCAGGCCAGGGUUCGCGUACAGGUUCAACGAGCCGUCCGACGAAUUCAUACUGAACGCCACCACCGGCGAGAUAUCCACGGCGCAGAUACUGGACAGGGAGUCGCUGUCCAAUGACAGGUACGACCUGAUUGUGCUGUCCAGCCAGCCUACCUACCCGAUCGAGGUUCGCAUAUUAGUAGCCGACGUCAACGAUAACGCGCCCGAAUUUCCGGAGCCGGUCAUAUCUGUAUCGUUCCCGGAAAGUGCGGCACCCGACAAUAAGGUGCUCCUAGAUACAGCCACAGACAAGGACGCGGGCGCUAACGGUGUGUCGUCUGAUUAUCGGAUUGUUGCCGGCAAUGUGGAUGAUAAGUUCCGGUUGGAUAUCACGUCCAACCCGAGUGGCGAUCUCACGUAUUUGUAUCUGCAGACUACCGGAAAACUGGACCGGGAAUCCGUGUCGUUCUAUCAGCUCAACAUAUCCGUACGCGACGGUGGUGUACCUACCAGGUAUGGUUACCAGACGGUCAACGUUACCAUACUAGAUGUCAACGACAACCCGCCGGUAUUCGCGCAUACGGAUUACAGUGCGUGGUUGAACGAGAGCGCGCCGCCGGGUACGUUCGCGCUACAGGUGACGGCCACGGACGCCGAUCUGGGUGAAAACGGCCGGAUCGUAUACUAUUUGCCGGAAACAUCGGACACACGGUUCCGCGUUGACCCGGAAACAGGUGCCAUAUACACGACGGAAGUUCCCGACUGUCCGCAACAGAACUGCCCACACACCCAGCAGUCGAGGGCAUCGUGUCCGAAGAGCUGCGUGUUUACUGUUCACGCUCGAGACCACGGAUCACCUAGACAGGACGGCCGGGCCUACGUCACCAUAAGUUUGAUCGACGCCAAUGAUCACGACCCGGUAAUAAGGUUCCGGUAUUUCCCAGCGAACGCGGCGUACGCGACGGUAGACGAAAAUGCGAUCAACGGUUCCGUGGUCGCCGCCGUGUCUGUUAUGGAUCCUGACGAGGGGCUCAAUGGUGAAACGACCAUAGAAAUCAUAUCUGGUAACGAGAUGAAUCAUUUCCGAUUGGAAUCGUCGCAGAGCUUYUACAUUGUUCGCGUUCACGGCGUUUUGGACAGGGARCAGAUUAAUAAAUAUAAUCUUACCGUGUUGGCCAGUGACAAAGGGACCCCUGCCAGGACCACUAUGGCAUAUCUACUGAUAUACGUCAAUGACAUCAAUGACCAUGAACCGGUAUUUGAAAAAAGUGAAUACUCGUCGACACUAAGCGAACUGUCGCCUGUGGGCACGUACGUGGCCAGCAUUACGGCCACUGACGAAGACACCGGUAUAAACGCUCAGAUUUACUACUCGAUUGUGUCAGGUAACGCUUUCGGAUGGUUUGACAUUGAUCCGGAUACCGGAUUAGUGACACUCAAAGGGCGACUAGACCGCGAACAAAUGGGUGCCGCGGAGAUAAAAAUUUCAGCUCGAGACGGUGGCCCUAAUCCCAAAUGGGCGUACACACAAUUAAAAGUUAUUGUUUUGGACGAAAAUGACGAACGACCUGAAUUUACACAAGAAUUAAUUGUUGUAAAAAUGUUGGAAAAUGUACCGGAAAAUACUUUAGUAGCCAUGUUGACGGCAUCAGAUCACGAUCAAGGCACCAAUGGUAGUGUGUCAUACAGUUUACAUCCUGAAGUCCAGUACAAGUAUAAGGGUGCGUUCGCGCUCGAUUCGUUGACAGGUCAAUUAACAGCUAAAACACAACUUGACAGAGAAAAGGUACURGAAUACAAAAUCAAAGUAUUAGCCAAAGACCAAGGAUCUCCGCCCAAAUCAUCCACAGCUACUGUCAUACUUGAUGUGCUAGACGUUAAUGAUAAUGAUCCUGUGUUCUAUCCACAACAAUAUGUAGCAUUUGUUGGCGAUAAUCAUUCGACCGGCUCUAGUAUUCUUACGGUUUCAGCAUAUGAUAUUGACGAAGGAGAAAACGCAGUUGUUGAAUAUCGAUUAGCUAGUGGCGGUGACUCGGGCCUUUUUUAUAUUGACGCACGUGAUGGAUCGAUUUACUUGAAGAGCAGUGGAGAUCUUACGAAAUCUAUAUAUCGUCUAAACGUAACAGCGGUAGAUAGAGAUGGYCGGCGAGCAGCUGAAGAUGCAUAUGUAGAAAUCAUAAAAAAUGCCGAUGAAACACUCAAGUUCGACACAGCUGAGGGAUAUUCGUUUCAAAUUUACGAAGACCACAGUGGCCAAGAAGAUCCGAUUUCAAAUCGACAAGUGGGUCGGGUUCGAGUUAAAGACAUUAAAGCCGAUGUGGCUUAUUUCAUAUUGAAUGGUGAUAAUGGAAAUUUCCGGGUAGAUAGAAACGGAGUCUUAACAACAUGGAAGAAAAUCGAUCGGGAAAAUCAGUCAUUUUACAGUAUACGUAUUGGAGCGCGGGCUGGUCUAAAGUUUGGUUCUGCUUUGGUAAAUGUAACUAUCUUGGAUGUAAACGACAAUGAACCUAAAUUUGUCACAGUAAUCGACGAAGUGGAUCUUUACGAAAAUACUGCCGUCGGACAAGAAUUGUGUGUAGCAAGGGCUAAGGACAAGGAUGUUGGGUUGAAUGGCCGGGUAACUUACCGAUUGGUAUCCAAACCUGACAGCCUGUUUCGUAUCACCGAAUCGUCCGGAAUCGUGUAUCUGCAUAAGCCGGUAUAUACAGCCCCAGGCACCGUAAUAGCCGCCGAAAUUAUAGCCACUGACUCUGGCAAUCCCCCACUCAGUGCUAAACAUGUAGUUYUAUUCACUAUUCAAGAUGUAAAUGAUCAUACUCCUGUAUUCGAUCAAACUUCAUACGAAUCGUCACUUUCCGAAGCUACUGCCGUCAAUAGUAGAUUUUUUGGUUUAACAGCUACGGAUGGAGAUUAUGGUUCCAAUGCUAGAUUAUCAUACGCCAUUGAAGAAGGAGACGUGGAAGGAAAUUUCGGAAUUUUUCCGGAUGGAAUGUUAUACAUCAAACAUCGUCUGGACAGGGAAAGCAGAGAUUAUUACGCACUCUCUGUAGUAGUUCGAGACGCGGGCACACCAGCUCGUAGUUCAUCUGUAGUGGCCAUCGUACAUGUGACCGAUGAGAACGACAAUAAACCGGAAUUUGCCAAAAUCACAUUUGAUUUUCACAUCAACGAAAAUGAACCAGCUGGUACAUUUGUGGGUAAAUUAUCGGCUACUGAUCGGGACACGGGUCGAAACGCCGAGUUGACAUACUCUCUAAUCAAUUGUAAAACGGACUUUUGGAUCGAUCCAAAAAAUGGGUUCAUCAGGACUCAGCGGGAAUUUGACAGAGAACAGUUGAUCCGGGCUACAGGUCAAAAUGUUAUUACAUUGGAAGCUACAGUUUCAGAUAACGGAAAACACCCACUUUAUGAUAAAACUAAGGUGAACGUCUAUGUAAAUGAUGUAAACGAUAAUCGACCACGAUUUUUCCGACAACCUUAUCGAGUACAAGUGUCAGAAGGGUCACCAGUUGGUACGCAUGUGUUACGAGUAUAUACAACUGACGAAGACGAUGGGCAAAACGGUGCUGUGCAUUACACCAUGGAGGACGGGGAUGAUGACAAAUUUAGAAUUGACAAUGGAACUGGUAUGAUUACAAUCAAUGCGCUUCUGGACAGGGAGUCACGUGCAUUAUACAUGUUACGAGUUACUGCACACGAUAACGGCACGAAUGUGCGACUUAACGCUUCGGCAACAGUCACCGUAGAAGUAUUAGACGAUAACGACAAUCCGCCAAAAUUCGAGUCUCCUCCGUCGGGCGUGUCAAUUUUUGAGAACGCUACGGUGAACACCGAAUUAGUUCGAUUCCGCGCUACUGAUCCAGAUUUAGGUGUGAAUAGUGAAGUACRUUAUUCUAUAGUAUCUGGUAAUCGACGUGAUACAUUUCAUAUCGAUAUUGUUACCGGUGUACUGUAUUUGCACAAGCGACUUGAUUAUGAAGACAUCAGCGCAUACGUGUUAAACAUUUCUGCUUACGAUAAUGGCAACCCCAGGCUGUCCUCAGCACUAGCGUUCCACGUAACUGUUUUGGACUGUAAUGACAAUCCACCUCAGUUUCCAAGUACGGCCAUUGUACGACAAAUCGUUGAAAAUCUGGAACCKGGMACGUCCAUCGUACAUGUGGUCGCCGACGACCCGGACUCUGAACUAAAUGGUCUGGUACACUAUUCUAUUACACAACAACAACCAGAUAAUGAUAGGCGAAGUUUUAAAAUAAACGAAAAGACGGGCGUGAUAAGCACUGUGUUACCCAUCGAUAGGGAAUACGUGGAUACGUAUAGACUAACUGUCACAGCAAUUGACCAAGCCRUGCCAGUGGAAACUCGGCUGUCAGCUGAAAAAACUGUUACUAUUAUAGUGGAUGACGAAAACGACAACGCUCCCGUGUUUGUUUCUGUGGACACCGGACUAAUACGGGCCAAGCACGCCGGUGCACUUAUCAUGCAUGCUCUGGCUAGAGACAUGGACACUAGUACAAACGGGCUGGUGACCUAUGAAAUGGUAGGCGGUGACUCGGAACUAUUUUCCAUACAUCGAACAUCGGGAGCAAUCAGUUUGCGCCGCGAGUUGACCCGGCCAGAAAGGUCGUACAAGCUGACGGUGCGUGCCACAGACGAGGCGGUGCAGUCGGAACGAAAGUCGACCGACGCCUACAUCACUCUACUAACGGACACAGAUGGCGUUGAUAAGCUGGCUGACCUGAGGGACUAUGAAGGGUCCGUAUACGAAAAUGAACCAUUGGGCACAAGCGUGCUGAGGAUGGACCCGUUGCCCGGGCAAAUUGAAUACUACGUGGUGAACGUGACCGGGUUCAACGGGCAGCAGGCGGAUCGGAUGUUUUCCGUAGACGUUAAACUGGGCGUGCUUUACACGGCCGCGAUGCUGGACAGGGAGGGUGGCGCCGACCAGUACGUUGUGCACGUUUAUGCUACUAACGUUGGAUCGCAGACACCGAAAACCGGUCACAUUCAGGUGAAAGUAAAGAUUUUGGACAGGAACGACAACCGCCCGAUGUGGCCGAGCACUCCGAUCGAGUACAAGAUUUCCGAGGAGAUUCCGAUCGGAUCGCUGGUGGCCACGCUCAAAGCCACCGACCCCGACUUGGACUCGACGCUCACGUACACGGUGAUCGGCGACAACGGCGGAAGUAGCUCGCCGCUGCAGCUGGACGCGUACACCGGCAACGUCCGUGUGCGCAAGCCCAUAGAUAGAGAGACUAGUCCCAGACACGUGCUACCGGUACGCGUAUCCGACGGGGUUCACCACAGCGACACGUCCGUAGUGUUCGUCAUUCUUGACACCAACGAUAACGCGCCGUCGUUCGCCAAGAGCGUAUAUUCGCUAGAUGUGAGUGAGUCUCGGUCUAGGGGUACGAAAAUCGGUGACAUAACGGCCGUGGAUGAGGACGAGGGUGUCAACGGCGUGGUCACGUAUUCGGUGAUCAGUGAUUGGGCUAACGACGUGUUCAACAUCGAUCCGCAUACGGGAGCCUUCUCCCUAACUGGCAAACUGGAUUACGAGGAGGUGCAGCACUACAUCAUGACUGUCCAAGCCCAGGACGCGGGAAAGCCUAUGUUGUCCUCGACGGUGACGGUGUACAUAAACGUUAUCGACGAAAAUGACAACGCACCCGUGUUUGAGACAAAUAGUUACAAUGUGGAUGUUUACGAAAACGCUACUGUCAACACGAUCGUGGCGACGGUGAUGGCAACAGAUCGUGAUUCAGGAAUCAACGGGAAAAUAAAAUAUUCAAUUCAAUCUAUUGAUCAAGAAGACAGCGAUUUUACUAUUGAUCCGGACAAUGGCACUAUUUGGCCACAUCGCAAUUUGGACCGYGAGACUGUAGCUUCAUAUAAUCUCGUAGUAGUUGCCAAGGACGGGGGACGCCCGGCGGCUUCUGAACUCUCAACCACUGCGCAGAUGACAAUUACAAUCAAGGACGUUAACGACUGUUCCCCUCACUGGAUUACAMCAAACGUGACUGCAGUCAUGGAAAAUGUAGAGAUUGGUACAAUAGUUACGGUUCUUAAAGCUGUAGAUGACGAUGAAGAGAAAAAUGGAUUUGUCGAGUACUGGAUAAAUUCUGGCGAUGAAAAAACAUUUACUAUUGGAUCCAUUGAUGGAGUCUUACGUGUAGCGAAUUCUUUAGAUCGCGAAACAAAAUCAUCCUACAAAUUAGAAAUAGGCGCUAAAGACCGCGGYGAUCCUUCUCUAAACUCAAUAAUUCAAUUGACAGUUAAUAUUUUGGACGAAAAUGACAACAGUCCAAUAUUCGAUCCAAGGCAAUAUAGUUCAUCUGUACCUGAAAAUGUAACCAUUGGAUACACAGUUAUUCAAUUAUUCGCCACUGAUAAAGACGUUGGUCCUAAUGCUGGUAUAAGAUAUACUAUUACAAACGGAGAUGAAAAUUUGGAUUUCAGCAUUGCUGAUGAUACUGGUUUAAUACGAGUUGCAAAAUAUCUUAACUAUGAACGUAAAUCUCGCUAUGUACUAACUAUUAAAGCUGAAGAUGGGCCCGUCGGUGUUGAUAACCGUGCUAAUUCUGAUGAAGUUACAGUUAUAAUUACUGUUUUGGACAUAAACGAUAAUUAUCCAGUUUUUCCAGAUUCCCCUUAUACUAUUCAUGUUCUCGAAGAGUAUAUCCCAGAAUCUAAAGAAUUUCCAGUUGCUAUAGUGAAAGCGACAGAUGCAGAUUCUGGAUAUAAUGGUAGAGUAAGAUAUUAUUUAAAGGACACGGAAUAUUUUACUGUAGACAGUGUUAAUGGAAAAAUACAUCUUGUGAGGAGCUUAGAUAGAGAAGUUCAAGCUGAACAUUUAAUAACUGCAGUAGCUAUGGACUCGGGUAUGCCAUCAUUAAGUGGMACAGGAUUUAUUCGUGUGAUUGUUCAGGAUGUUAAUGAUCAUAGUCCAAAAUUUCAGCAACAAAAUUACGUAGCAUACAUUGAUGAAAAUAGUCCAGUUGGGUAUUCAGUGACUCAAUUGAUAGCAACAGAUUCUGAUAUUGGGUUGAACGCCAAAAUAAAGUACAGCCUCCUGGGAAAUAAACAAGAUAAAUUUCAAAUGGACGAAGAUACAGGAAUACUAAGAACAUUAUCCAACUUGGACAGGGAAGAAAAUGAAGUGUAUUAUUUAACAGUAGUAGCUCAAGAUUCGAGUUUAACAGAACCUAAAGCAUCAGUAGCUAACUUAACAGUGUUCGCAAGAGAUGUAAAUGAUAAUUAUCCGAUAUUUUCAACGUCACAAAGUAUUAUUUAUGUGUCAGAUAAAACUCAAUCAGGACAAUUUAUAUUUGGRGUAACUGCUAUAGAUUUAGACUCUGGAGAUAACGGAAAAAUUGUUUACCAUUUAAUAUCCGGGGAUAUAGAUAUGUUUCAUAUAGACGAAAAUACUGGCGUUAUUGAAUCAAUUCAAAAACUAAAUAAACAAAUGGAGUACAAAAUAAAAAUCGAAGCUAGUGAUAAAGGACAGAUACCUAAAAAUGCAGAAUUUGAUUUGACUGUAAUUCUUUGGCCAGAUCGAGACUUUCCUGUUGUGCGACAUGUAGGAACUAAACAGUUAUCGAUUGUUGAAAAUUCUAGUCCUGGAAGUGGCGUAUCACGAGUUUUAGCAACAACWCCAAAAAUUGGAACAAAAAAAGGCAUUUUACGUUUUUCUAUAGCAGGAGGCAAUUUCGACAACACGUUUGAAGUAGAUUCGGUUAGUGGUGAAGUAAUAAUUGGUAAAAAUGGAAUUGAUCAUGAAAAAUCUAGCCAAUACAAAAUUUGGAUUGAAGCAUCAGAUUCAGAUGAGCCUAAACUUAGAAGUGCUGUGUUAUUAACUGUCAAUGUUACUGAUGUAAACGAUAAUCCACCAGUUUUUGAAUAUCCAUUUUACACCGUUUCUAUUCAAGAAGAAACAUUUCCUCCAACUUCUGUAAUAACUGUUGUAGCCAUUGAUAAAGACACAGGAAAAAAUAGCAUCAUAACAUAUAGAUUAGUCGAUGAUAUUAAUGGAAUUUUCAGCAUUGACGAUGUUUCAGGAGAAAUAGUAACCAACACAAAAUUGGAUAGAGAAACUGAUGAUCAUUAUACGUUGAUGGUYGAAGCCGUUGAUCAAGGUUAUCCGCCUCUUACUGGAUCUGCAAUGGUACAUAUAAAUGUUCUAGAUAUAAAUGAUAAUCCACCACGAUUUACACGUUUGUUCAGUGUUAAUGUAACUGAAAAUACAGAAGUUGGUUCAUUUGUAAUUGGUAUUACAAGUUCAGAUUUAGACAUAGGCGUCAACGCAAAAGCAACCUACAGAUUUACUGAAAAUCCAGGAAAUAUGUUUAAAAUUGAUUCAGAUACAGGAAAAGUUUAUAUAGCAUCUGCUAUAGAUCGCGAGGUUCAAGAUGAAUAUUUACUCAAUGUUGUCGCAGCAGAUGGUUCAUGGCAAGCUGAAACUCCYCUAACUAUAACAAUUCAAGAUGUUAAUGAUAACGCACCCGAAUUUGAAAAAACUAACUAUAAAUUUAAUUUUCCCGAAACGAACAAAAUUGGAGCUACAGUUGGUCGUGUAAUUGCUACCGAUAGAGAUAAGCAAGGAUCUAACUCUGUCGUUUCUUUUAAUUUGAAACAGCCUUCUGAUGUUUUUUUUAUAGAUCCAAUAUAUGGUGAUAUAUUUACUAAACGUCCAUUAAAAUACAAACAUUCAACAAAAGACAUAUCACCAGAAAAUGAAUAUGCAUUAACUGUUCUAGCUACUGAUAAUGGUAAACCUCCUUUGUCAUCCGAAUGCUCCAUMAUUAUUAACGUUAUUGAUUCAAACAAUAAUGCACCACAGUUCGAAAAGAAAAAAUAUUUCUCACCAAUCCCAAUAAAUUUGGAUGUAUGGUCACCUUUAAUUACUGUUGUAGCAACCGAUMACGAUUCAGGCGUAAAUUCCGAAAUUGAAUACUUCGUAUAUGGAGGCAAUGCUACAGAUUUAGUUCAAGUCGACAAAUUGUCUGGUUUAAUAUCGCUAAAGAAAAAAUUAACUGAUACAGAUUUAAGUAAAAGUUAUGAUUUAGUGAUAAGAGCAACAGAUCACGGAGUACCACCAAAACAAGACUUAACUGAUGUCACCUUUACAAUAACUAGCGAGAACAAUUUUAACCCAGAAUUCUCUUCAUUAAGUUAUCAAGUAUUUGUACCAGAAAAUGAACCGAUAGGAUCAACAAUACUGACAGUUAAAGCAACAGAUCAAGAUGAAGGGCCAAAUGGAUUAGUUAGAUACUCGUUUGAAAAUUUAUCAGAUAAAUUUAAAUUAAAUUCAGAAACUGGUGCUAUAACUAUAGCUAAAAUUUUGGAUUUUGAACGUAUUAAAGAAUAUAAGCUUAAUAUUAUUGCAAUGGACACAGGAUUUGAACCUAAAAAGUCUAAAGCUACAUUAUCCAUUAUGCUCACUGAUAUAAAUGAUAAUCCACCAAUUUUCAAUCAAACUCUAUUUAAUGUAUUUAUUCUUGAAAACUCACCACUAGGAACAUUUGUUUCACAAAUGGUAGCCAAAGAUUUAGACUCUCCUAAAAAUGCAAUAAUAAAUUACUCUAUAACUGGUGGUACUGGAGAGCACUUAUUUUAUUUCAAUAGUACAUCUGGUGCAAUUUUCUCAAAACAAGUGUUUGACUACGAAAAAGAAAAAUCUUACAGUUUAGAAAUCUUAGCCAUUAAUCCAAACUCAACACUAUCUGGAUCUACAAAAGUUAUCGUACAUAUAGACGGUGUAAAUGAAUAUUAUCCGACAUUUAGUCAAUCUGUUUUCUAUUAUGAUGUACCUGAAUCUGCAGAAAUCGGUACUAACGUCGGGGCAGUAAAAGCAACAGAUUUAGAUGCUGGAAAUGAUGGCAAAGUGUAUUACUUUUUAGUUGGAUCUAGCAAUGACAAAGGAUUUACGAUUGACCRUAAUACUGGAUURUUAAGAGUUUCUAGACAUCUAGACAGAGAAACACAAAAUCGAAUUAUACUAACUGUUUUGGCGAAAAAUGCUGGCAGCAUUAGAGGAAAUGAUACUGAUGAAGCUCAAGUGAUAAUAUCAAUUCAAGACGGAAAUGACCCUCCAGAGUUUGAUCAAGAGUAUUAUGAAUGCUUGGUUUCCGAAGGUACUAGACCAGGAGCAAAAAUAUUAACUGUCCACGCCGUUGAUAAAGAUGCCUGGCCUCAGAAUAAUCAAUUCUCUUAUUCUAUACUCUACAACAUGACACAAUUAUUUCGGGUUGAUCCGCAAAAUGGAACUAUUGAAACCGUUGGUCACUUUGAUAGGGAAACUAUCAAUUACUAUGAAAUUAUAGUUGCAGCUGUAGAUACAGGAUCCCCGCCUCAGACUGGAAGUGCAACAGUUAAAGUUAUGAUUACUGAUGUGAACGAUAAUGGUCCAGUAUUAGCUCCUGACAACAGUGUGGGAUAUGUAUCUGAAAACGAACCAAUAAAUACAAGUAUCAUGAUAUUAACUGCAACUGAUGCAGAUCAACCACCAAAUGGAGCUCCGUUUACAUAUAGAAUAGUUGGUGGACCUCAUCGGGAAUUUGUUACGUUGGACGAAUCGAAUGGACUUCUUCGAACUGCUAGAUCAAUUGAUCGUGAACAAACACCAAACCUUAGUAUUGUGAUUUCAAUCACAGAUAAUGGUUCUCCUCAAAUUACAACUGAAAAUCUAUUGAACGUCGUAAUUUUAGAUCAAAAUGACUGUCCAUCUAGUCCAAGAUCAGUAAAUGUUCUCAUUUAUUCAAUCAAAAAUGAAUAUCCUGUAGGAAAAGUUGCAGAUGUAAGACCUAUUGAUCCUGAUACAGCGGGAGAUUAUAAAUGUUAUCUCGAAAAAACAAACAACGAUUUUUUUAUUCCUGAAUCCUGUGAUUUACAUAUCAAUAGUAUUUCUAAACCAGUUACUGUACUUCAUGUGUCUGGUAAUGAUGGCAAACAUGAUUCUGUCACUAAUAUUGUUAAAGUAGAAUACCAAACAAUCGAUAAGAAUAUAAUAGAAAAUACUGUUUUYACGAGAAUUGAAAAUAUCACUUCUUCGGGUUUUAUUGAAAACCAUUAUACGAAAUUUAUAAAUGUAUUAAACUCAACAUUUGAAGAUAACGAACCUCUGUUGUACAGUAUUAACGAAGUAGAUGAUGGUAUUGAAGUAGCUAUAGCUGUAAGAGGUUUGACUAAAGAAUAUACGAACGACGCUUUAAGGAGUAAAUCAAAUAUCAUUACACAAACAACAAGRUUGCCAGUUUUCUUCGAUUAUUCACCAUGUCUAAAGAAUACUUGUGAAAAUUAUGGAAAUUGUUCUACAUCUCUAGUUAUAUCGAAAGAACCACGCGUAACAAAUUCUCAAGAUUUUAUUUUUACUUCACCCACUAUACUACAAGAAUUUUUUUGUACCUGUGCCGAAGGAUAUGCAGGAAAAAAAUGUGACAAACGCCAAGAUCCAUGUGCACCAAAUCCUUGUCAGUACGGAGGUACUUGUAGAAGACAAGGCAUAAGUUAUCAGUGUUUCUGCCCUUCAGAUAGAGAAGGCCUAGAAUGCGAAAAAGAGCGUUACGAUAAAUGCGACAACAACCCUUGUAUGAAUGGCGGUAGUUGUAAACAAACUCAAGACAACAUUGGAUACUUUUGUUUAUGCAGACCGGGAUAUCGAGGAAACAUAUGCGAAUUAUCAGCUGAUUCAUGUCGACCUAACCCAUGCUUAAAUGGAGGAUCUUGUGUUUCUUUGAAACCUGGAUAUAAGUGUAAUUGCCCGAAUGGCUUGCAUGGAAGGCAUUGCGAUAAGUCAUCGUUUGGAUUUAAUGAGUAUUCAUAUAUGUCAUUCCCGUCAUUGGACAGUAUAACUAAUGAUAUUACAAUCGUUUUUUCUACAUCUAAACCGGACUCUUUACUGUUAUACAAUUAUGGAAUUCAGGUUGGAGGAAGAUCCGAUUUUAUAGCAAUUGAGUUGAUCGAAGGGAAAUGCGUGUUUUCAUACGGUGGCGCUAGAAGCUCUAUAACUAYUGUUAGUGUUGGAAAAAGUGAUGGAUCUUCGUUGGCCGAUAGUCAGUGGUAUAAGAUAACUGCUGUGMGGAAUGGUAAAGUCCUAUCAUUGAGUGUUGCAUCGUGUAUYGAUAAUGGAGACAAUUGUCAAGAAUGCAGACCAUCGGAUAAAUCAUGUUAUAGUGAUAAUACAGGAACCGUAGGAACUUUGAAUUUUAAUGGAAAUAAUUUGUUAAUUGGUGGAGUUACUUCAGCUGAUCCCUUAUUAGAAAGACCCGGACAAAUACGAUCGGACGAUUUUGUUGGUUGCGUGCAUAGUGUUACUAUUAAUGGCUAUGGUAUGAACCUUAGUAGUCCAAUAUCUUCCAAAGCUGUCGAUCCGUUCUGUAAUCGCCAAGGCCUUUGUGCUCAAUCAUCAACACUAUGUGGUGAAGGAUCUUCUUGUUUGGACCGAUGGAAUGGUGUUAUGUGYAAAUGUGAAGAUAAUGAUGUACUAUCGCCAAAUUGUUUUCAAGCAUUUAAACCAGUCUCGUUGGGCGAAGGUUCGUUCCUCGAGUACAAAAUCACAGAGAAGCACAGAAGAAUGCAUUUAUUGGAAUCAAUUUAUAAUGGAACAACAGUAUGGCGACAAGAGUCUAGAAUUAAGAGAAGUUCACUUAUUGUAACCCCAGUUAAAGAACUAAGUCUGAUGUUUAGAACAAUGAAAUCAAAUGCUACCAUACUUUUUGCAGCUUCCAAUUCAGAUUUUACGCUAGUUAAACUUAUAAAUGGUAAACUACUCUAUUCAUCGUUUUUAAGUACUUCGACGUCUACUGUGAAUAUGUCAGUAGAAAAAAAUGUAGAUGAUGGAAAUUGGCAUAAUUUAACAAUGGUAAUAGGCGCUAAAAGCUUGAAAUUAUUUUUGAAUGGUCAAAAAGUUGGAGAAGAAUUGGAUUCAGCCAGCGUGCACGAUUUUUUGGAUCCAUAUCUAACUAAAAUGUAUCUAGGUGGUGUCGAUCGUGAAUAUGUCUCUGGAAAAAUUGAUACUUCAAGUUUUUCAGGCUGCUUAGCUAAUUUAACAAUCAAUAAAGAACUUCAACCAUUUAAUGGAACUGGAAGUAUAUUUCCAGAAGUUUUUCAUACUGGAAAUAUAUCAUUCGAUUGUGAUCUGUCCGGGCUAGCAUCAGUUGGUAUUGCUGUUACUGAYCCGCUUAGCCUAGGAAUAACGUUGGUUAUCGUGUUUUUCGUUAUAUUAUUGAUGGCAAUAACAAUAAGUUUUGUCGUGUUUAAAAUACGAAGACAAACUAAAUGUGAUAAAGAUUCUGAUAGUGGUAAAGAUCAUUUUCAAAGUGGUCUCCAUUCUGAAUCUCCAGCUCUGAACACAAUACCUGUGUCAUCGUUUAUGUCAGAAACUGGAGAUGUAAUACGGCAUCAUAUGGUGCCACCGGAGAUACUUUCCAAGCGCUAUAAAGAUCAAGACAUUGGUAUGAAUGAUACACAUAGGCCACAUAGACCGGAUAUAAUUGAAAGGGAGGUUGUGGGAAAAUCUCCGCCACCACAAAGAGACGAGCUCAAUCAGCACAUGAAGAAUAUGCAUCAGCACGAUAGUGUGACUGGGGAUCACGAUAUGCCUGAACACUAUGACCUAGAAAACGCCAGCUCUAUAGCACCGUCAGAUAUAGAUAUUGUCUAUCACUAUAAAAGUUACCGAGAUGGAAACAAUUUACGGAAAAUGAAGUCUCAUCUUAGUCCUGGGAUGCCGUCUAACAUGUAUCACAAACAAAUGCGACACGCGACUGGCUUUCAAUCACCACAUUCCAGAGAUAGUCGGUCAGCUGCACCGCCACCACCUCCGCCAUUGGAUUCUACCAAUCACAUGCAACACCAAAGCACACCGCUCGCUAGGCUUAGUCCAAGCAGUGAACUUAGUCAACAGUUACCCAGAAUACUCACGUUGAGAUACAAAAUAUAUCUUGGUACUAAAUCAUGGUAUUAA